AGGAAAAGAAGUAUAUGCUCCCUUUGGACAACCUGAAAGUGCGGGAUGUUGAAAAGAGUUUCAUGUCAAGCAAACAUAUCUUUGCCUUGUUUAACACGGAGCAAAGGAAUGUUUACAAGGAUUACCGUUUCCUUGAGCUAGCCUGCGACUCCCAGGAGGAGGUGGAUAGCUGGAAGGCAUCUCUACUGCGAGCUGGUGUCUACCCAGAUAAAUCCUCAACUGAAAAUGAUCAGAAUGGCCAAGCAGACAAUUUCUCCAUGGAUCCACAGCUGGAAAGGCAGGUGGAGACUAUUCGCAACCUUGUAGACUCCUACAUGUCUAUUAUCAAUAAGUGCAUCCGAGAUCUGAUACCGAAAACAAUCAUGCACCUUAUGAUCAAUAAUGUGAAAGAAUUCAUAAAUGCAGAACUCCUGGCUCAUUUGUAUUCCUCUGAAGACCAAAAUACUUUGAUGGAGGAGUCAGCAGAACAGGCUCAGAGGCGAGAUGAGAUGCUUCGCAUGUACCAAGCCCUUAAAGAAGCUCUAGCAAUCAUUGGCGAUAUUAGCACUACCACUAUAUCUACCCCUGCACCGCCACCUGUUGAUGAUUCUUGGCUGCAGCAAUCCAGAAGAUCACCUCCUCCAAGUCCUUCAACUCAGAGGAGGCCUACCUUAAAUAAUCCCCCAACCAGACCUUUACCUGGCCGAGGACCUGCUCCAGCAAUCCCAUCUCCAGGCCCUCAGUCAGGGGCUCCACCAGUCCCGUUCCGUCCAGGACCAUUACCCCCAUUUCCUAGCAGCAGUGAAGCCCUUGGAGCACCUCCUCAGGUUCCAUCCCGGCCAACACGGGCUCCUCCCAGCAUUCCAAGGACUGAAAACAACUGAAUUCAAAGCAGACCUCUUUUUUUCCAUCGGUAUUCGUGAGGUGUUUCACAUGUCUCCUUUGGUGGCUCAUCUCCUCCUGCUUUUGUCUCUGAAUCCAUUAUUACUAAGUUCUACAUAUAAGACAAUAGAACAGCUCCCUUUUGUAAAUGGACAUUACUCUGCCUAUCUUUCCUCUUGCUUUGUCUGCAGGCGAGUUGAUACAGAUGGCUCCUCCCGUCCAGACAGUCCACCACUGUUGCUUGAUAUAUGAUUUGUUCCAUGUUGCCUACCAUUUGUGUUUUGCUUCCUGGUUUGUGUGUUAAUCCUUUCUGCUUUUCUAGAAUGAUGUAAACACUGUCUUCUUUUUUUUAAAUAAGAAACAAGUGCUCUGCUUCUCUCUGAAUUUUGCUCUGUAUGUAAAUGCCCUCAUUCAUUUGAGCCAAAACAUCUGCCAUUGGCUUUGUAGAAUGUAAAUGAUUGCUGGUGUUGACCUUUGCGCACUGUGAAUGGAUUCCUGAAACCUCAAUCAUUACUGAAGGUCUUAUACACCUGCUGUAAAAUGUUAUGCUGCAUUUCUGAACGUAAAUAAAUUGAAACAACCAAUUGGCUUUUAUUAUUACUUUCGGGAGGUGCAUGUGUGCCUCUCCUGUCUUUCAAUGCGUUCUGUGCAUGCUGCAUUCUUAUCUUCUGUUUGGUUUUCUUUUAAACAGCUCAGUCUCUGGCAGUAUUGGUAAGGAUUUACCAUGUGAGUGUCAGAGUUUUGAUUAUUAGGCAGGGGUGGCAUAUUUCUGGCUCUGAGACAGGACAGCAGAUUCUACCUUAAGUCUAAUUUGAUGCUGUUCCAGUGGAAUGGACCACUGCUGGGCUGUCCUACUAGGAAUUUGGGGUAACUUUUUCCAGCAGGCCUUUGGAGGGUGUUGCUUAAUACCUCAUUAAAUACAGCUCCUGUGAACUUUCUAGCUGAGCAGAGGGUCAGUGUGAAUCCUCAAGAGUGCAACUGGCCUAAAUUGGUAUGGUUGCAAACUCUGCCCAGGGUGAUUAUGUAUGUGCAGAUGAAUAGAAACAUCCAUCUGAGUUCCCAUAUUCCUUUUCUGAGUUAGCGACAUCUGAUUAACUAAACUUGGUACCCAGAGGAGAAUAAAUGGCUUCUACUGCAUAACAAAUAGUAAAAGUGCAAAUCUAACUAGAGUCUGGGCUUAAGUCCCUGAAUCUUUGGCUUUCCUGGGGGAAUGGGCCACCCACAGUGGCACUUUGAUAGAUGAAACAGGAGAAACCAAAGAUGGGAUGAGCACAGCAGCAAUAAGCACAUAAUCUCCUCAUCAGAAUUUACACUGUUUGCCAUAAUCAUUGCAGGCAUUUUUGAGUAGCUUUAAUGGACUGGGGCAAUCUUUGUUUUCACACAAACCUUGUACGUCUCAUUAGGAGUUUGUUGCAUGCCUCUGGUCUAGCUGUCAUACACUAAGUGUCCCAGAGUGAGAACUCACUUCCACGCAAGCUGACAAGCUGGUACAUUAGUGCUGUAGGCUUCUCAUCAUGGUGGUCAGCUCAUCUCUCCAGCUCCAGAUGGCAAAAAGAUCCAGCAUGUUGCCACUGAUUGCUAUGUAUCAUGCUGUAAUAGUCUGAUUGCUCUUCCUUUGCCCGACCUUGGCAUUCUCCCAUUUUGGUGUCUCCCUAUGACAGAAGGAUAGCAGUUUUUAUCAUAAUACCCUUCCCUUUUACAAAACAAAGACUUUCUGCUUUACAAAGGUCUUCAGGCAGCCUGAGCAAAAUUUACCUUCAAAGGAGAACCCACUCUAGCAGUACUGAACAGAAGUUAGCAUCCAGCAUGGUAAUCCAUGUAAUUUUAUAAUUGUAGUGAAACCUUUCCCCAGAAUAUAACUUACUGCAAGAAAAUUAAGGAAACUUCUAGGGCUACUGAUGUUGCAUUUGUCCUGGGAGAUACCAUUUCACCUCAGGGUAUCAUUCAGACAUCAAUGCCUGUUGUCCUGGGACACACCCUGAAAAGGUUCAUGGGAUAAGAAAUACUAACAGUUUGCCCAGGACAUCACAAACUAUGUCUGAACAGUUAUCCCAGGAUUAUGUUAUUGAAUCAGACAGGAAAAUGGUGGCGCAUUCAGGGCCUCACUAAGCCCUGAUUGGAAGGGCAGUGUGUAUACACACCAAUCCCAGGACUUUUUUGUUCUGGGACAAACACACACACACAACUUGCCUCGGGACAAAUGCAACACCAUCUGUUCCUAGUUUAUGCAGCAGUCACUAUGACCCUAGUUUGUUUGUCCUUAUUCCAGAGGAUGCGGUACCCUAGUGACAAAAGUGGGGGCUUUAUUGAUAAACAGCUGAUGCCAGUAUUUCAACCACUAGUCUUCCUCCCCUUCCCUUCCACCCUCCGCCGUGCACAUCCUCGCCCUUUUUACCUUAACCAAGUUUAUUCUUGUAGUUUGGGAUAUGGGCCAUUUUAAUGUAUUUUAAUCUUUUUUUUACUUAAUUCUCCACCACCCUUCCCCAUGAAUGUUGGGUUCUUUUUUGUCUUUUAUUUAGGCGGCCUCCUCCAGCAGUUCCAGGAAGAUCAUCCUAACACAAACAUUCCAUCUCCUUUGUAUUAAGCACAAGCCUUUUGGCCAAAUGCUGGUUAGUUUGCACUACUCUAUUUGUAAA